CGGGCUGGACCAUCGCAGGCAGGGGGGAGGGGAGGAUUGGACUGUACCAAGGCUCCUUGGAUAGGGGUGGGUUCCGGCGUUCCGAACUCCACGGAAAGGGGAACAUUCAGCUCCCCGAGUCCAAACCCAGACUGAGGGGAAGAUGAAACCGGUGAAGAAGGUGGCCUGCUCCUCCUCUUCGAGCACCAGCGCCAGCAGCAGCCGCUCUCCGCCCUCCACCCGCGCCAAAGCCCAGAAGCGCAAGACAGCCCUCGAGGAGGGGCCUAAACCCGACGAGGGGGGAGGGGAGGAGGCUCCCGAUCAGCCCUCCGUGUUUGCGGGGGCCCGGUGCCUGCAAGUGAAGAUGGACCCUAGCCUGCGUGAGUUGGUGGGCGCGCACAAUGACCCCUACAAGCUGCCCGAAGGCGACGGAGAGCCUGGGGUGGAGGCCUGUCUGCUGGAGGCCUCGCCGAACCGCAAAACGGCUGCUUUCAAAGGGCGCGCGCCCUGCAGGAAGUAUCCAGGGGGCGAGGAAUCCAAUGGCAGCGAGGGUUUGGCAGUUCCAGCGGAGGAUGAACCCCAGCGCUGUCCCUCCUCCAGCACGGAUACGGCCAGCGAGCACUCUGCCGACGAGAACGACAAAGGGAUGGGAGACUUGUGGUCAGUGCCCCCGAACGAGUACGACUUGCGGCAGUUGCGCUCCCAGAGAGUGUUAGCUCAGCGGGACGGGAUCUUUCAACCGGCUAUAGUGAAGCAGAUCCGUCGGGGGCAGGACUUGGGGGUGCAGUUUAUCUCCGACCGUGCCAUGGCAUACUACGAAGGGGCACUGGGUUCCGGCACUGUGGAUGUGGUCCUUGAUGCCACGCCCCCACAGGCUGCUUUGACAGUGGGCACGGCGGUCUGCGCUUGUGUGGACUCUGAGGAGACGGCGUAUCGGGAAGGCGCCGUGGUCGAAGUGAGCGCGAAACCGCCCUCGUACAAAGUACUCUUUGCACGUCCUGUGGUCCUUCCUGGCACCACUGUUGCCCGUAAAGACUCCUCAUGGGUACCACGCUCCGCCCUGCGACUUCUGCGGCCGCCUUGGUGGUCCGGAUCCCUCCCUGAUGAUAACAAACAACCCGAGAAGCCCCCUCCCUUGCCGGAAGAGGAAGAGGUGGCUUUGGCUCUUCCGUGCCCGGAGCCAAAGCAGCCGGAAGACGCGGAGGUCUCUAAGAUCAGUGCUGGGGUGCGGGGGGAGGAGAAGUCCGUGGUUGUACCCCCGCAGAUUCUGUCGCCUCCCAAGUCGCCCGCGUUCCCUCGCCUCCCCGAGCAGCCGUCACCUCUGCUGAGCCCGGAAGCGAGCGGGAGCCGCAGCAGCAGCGUGAUGUCCGUAGACAAGUGCAGCACUCCGGGCUCCUCUCGCUCCCGCACGCCCCUCACGGCCGCCCAGCAGAAGUACAAGAAAGGGGACGUGGUGUGCACCCCGAACGGCAUCCGUAAGAAGUUCAAUGGCAAGCAGUGGCGGCGGCUGUGCUCGCGGGAGGGCUGCAUGAAAGAGUCACAGAGGCGCGGCUACUGUUCCCGCCACCUCUCCAUGCGCACCAAGGAGAUGGAGAGCCUUUCCGAGGGACGGGCCAGUGGGCUGCGAGAGGGUAGCGCUGAAUUCGACUGGGACGAGACCUCUCGGGACAGUGAGACCAGCAGCGCUCGAGGGGACUCGCGGCCCCGCCUGGUGGCCCCGGCUGACUUGUCACGGUUUGAGUUUGACGAGUGCGAGGCGGCUGUCAUGCUGGUCUCCCUGGGGAGCUCUCGCUCCGGCACCCCCUCCUUCUCUCCCGUCUCCAACCAGUCCCCCUUCUCGCCUGCGCCGUCGCCAUCUCCCUCCCCGCUCUUCGGCUUCCGUCCGGCCAGUUUCAGCCCCAUCAACGCAUCGCCUGUGAUCCAGCGGGCAGCCGCACGCAGUCGCCACGUCAGCGCCAGCACCCCCAAGGGGGUAGGGGGUGCGGUGCUGAGCCCGGAGAUGCUGCACCAUGCUGCUCCCCGGGAGCGCCACCAUUCCGGGAUCUUGUCCACUUUCCAGACCAACCUGACUUUCACGGUCCCGAUGAGCCCCAGCAAACGGAAAGCCGACUCCCACCACAGCAGUACCGGAUCGGCGGCCGACUUCCAUAAGACUGACAGCCUUGACUCGGGGGUGGAGUCUGUCUCGCAUACGCCUACCCCCUCCACACCUGCCGGCUUCCGGGCUGUGUCACCUGCGGGCGCAGGGUCUUUCUCCUCCCGCUCCCAGCAGGCUUCUCCGCUCCUGCUGGUGCCGCCGCUGGCUGGGUUGACCUCUGACCCCAGCCCCUCUGUGCGUCGUGUCCCGGCUGUGCAGAGGGACUCCCCUGUCAUUGUGCGCAACCCGGAUGUUCCGUUGCCCUCCAAGUUCACCGAGAAACCUCUGGAAGGACGGGUGGGCAGCCCCCGAAUGGUCAAGGCCGGCUCCAAGGAGCACCUGGCAGGCAAAGGACAACUGCAGGUGCCGGUGCCCAUUAAUGUGGGUCGGACUCUGCCUUCUAGCCAGCCUAGUGCAACCUCUGCCCCUGAACAGGUCCCGCCCAUUUUCAGUGUCUCCUCCCCCUUCCAACCAGUUGCUUUCCAUCCUUCUCCAGCCGCCCUGUUACCUGUCAUCGUCCCUGGCGAGUACACCAGCCACCCCGCUCCCAAGAAGGAGAUUAUUAUGGGAAGACCCGGCACAGUGUGGACAAAUGUGGAGCCGCGCUCUGUGGCUGUAUUCCCGUGGCACUCCCUGGUGCCCUUUCUGGCUCCCAGCCAGCCAGAUUCCUCCGUACAGCCCAGCGAAGGUCAGCAACCUGUCAGUCAUCCCUCCACAUCCAGUCAGAACAAAGAGCCUCCGGAAUCAACCGCGGUAGCUCAUGAACUUCCCGGAGCAUCUUCGGGGGCCGAGAUGGGACGGCCGAACACAUCUCACCCCGACAGCCCAGCCCCUCUUCCCCAGCCGUUGACAGUGGCACCGGGAGGGAGCUGCGGGCCCUCACAGCAAGACGACGAUGUCUCGGGGCACCCGCGUCUGGACAGUGAGACGGAGAGUGACCACGAUGAUGCGUUCCUAUCUGUUGUAUCUCCUGAAAUCCAACUCCCGUUGCCACCUGGGAAGCGCCGAACCCAAUCAUUAAGUGCCCUACCCAAGGAGCGGGAUUCCUCCUCCGAGAAGGACGGGCGCAGUCCUAACAAGCAGAGGGAGAAAGAUCACAUUCGGCGGCCAAUGAAUGCUUUCAUGAUCUUCAGCAAGAGGCACCGGGCUCUGGUGCAUCAGCGGCAUCCCAAUCAGGACAACCGGACAGUCAGCAAGAUUUUGGGAGAGUGGUGGUACGCGCUGAGGCCCAAGGAAAAACAGAAGUACCACGACUUAGCCUUCCAGGUAAAGGAAGCCCAUUUCAAAGCACACCCAGACUGGAAGUGGUGUAACAAAGAUAGGAAGAAGUCCAGCUCAGACGUGAAGCCCGCAGGUCCGGGAGGAUGCACCAAGGAGAUGAGAGAGCGCAGCAUGUCGGAGACAGGUACUGCUGCCGUGCCGGGAGGCCCUUCAGAGAUGCAGGCACUGCUGGGGUCAGAGGGCAAAGCUGGGCUUGUGGGAUCUGGGCACGGCCACGGCGAGCGGAUCCUGCCCAUGCCAGGGUCUGGUGCGCAGCGGCCGCGGGCUUUUUCCCACAGCGGGGUGCAUGGGCUGGAGAGUGACCGUGACAGCCAGGUGCUGCAGGAACUCACUCAGAUGUGCUCAGGGCAGUCUCCGUACGUCAGCGGGAAAGGGCAGUAUGGGGGGCUGGGCCCCUCGGGGUCCCCUUUUGCCACUCCAGGUGAGGGACCCCGUACUCCCUUGCUCCCCCACCCGUCCCGUGCCUCACGAUCUCAGAGAGCCACCAGCGAGGACAUGACCAGUGAUGAAGAGCGCAUGGUGAUUUGUGAGGAGGAGGGAGACGAUGAUGUAAUCGCUGAAGACGGUUUCAACCCAGCUGACGUUGACCUGAAAUGCAAGGAGCGCGUGACGGACAGUGACAGCGAGGGGUCCUUGGGGGACGAAACGGACAAUAAGGAUUUUGGGCGGAAGCUGUUCUCCCCGGUGAUCCGCUCAGCAGCCCUGCCCCCCUCCUCUGGUGCCUUUGCCCCCUGCCGUCCCCCACCCCCCUUGGAUCUGGAACCCCCGUCUCCUCAUGGCCCUGAACACCUGCCCUCUUCCAAGUCCUACAGCUCCUUCCAGAUGGCUUCCAGCUCUUUCAAAAGCCAAGACUCCCGAGGUGGGCUCCGUCCUCACAAUGCUCCGGCAAAGCGUCUGGAGCCCCGCUUCGAUCCAGUGGCGGCCCCCUACAGGCGAAAGCGGGCGGACAGCGCUGGCAGUUCCCAGGUGGUUGCCGACACCGGAACGUCGCUCCCAUCGGCACCCAUGCACUCAGUCAUCUCUCCUCCCGGCAGCGUCGUUCAGGCCGUGGUGCUGCCCGAUUCCACCCGCUUGACUUCCGGCACCGUGCUGGUGACUGCCCCGUCCAUGACUGCUCCCAGCGUGGGGGUGAUUGGCUACAGCGGGGUGCCCAACCUGGUCCGCACAGCUUCCACCGUGGUCACCAAUGUGGUCAAGCCGGUCAGCAGCACCCCUGUGCCCAUCGCCAGCAAGCCCCUCCCGCGUGGGUCAGGGGAGGGGCCACCGUUGCUCAGCCCUCCCCCAUCUGAUAAUAGUGGCAAACCUGAAGGGUUUUCCAUGGGGCGCAUUGGACUUGUUUAUGCUGACAAGAAGCACCUGCAGCCCUCCGCGAUGCCUGGCAUUCAAGCCACGUCUCCUCACUUAGUCGCUGGGCCACUCAUCGGGCAAAGCUUGACCACCAUGGGCAAAGGCCCGCCCAGCCAGGGCAGCGUUGUGACCAAUCUUCUGGUGGGGACUCAAGGUUACGGGCAGCCAGGCAGUGCCAGUGGGGCCGGCGUUCCAGUAACGGUCUUGCCACCCGGGGCUGCCAUUACCCAGCAGCCCUCAGUACAGUUCAUCACCCAGAAUCCUCCUGGGCCGGGGCAGAACGGCCCAGUGCCCCUCAGCAUCCUGCAGCCUCAAGGUAUCCUCUCUGGGACAGCAGGCAAGGCAGGCGGCAUCACCCAAGUGCAGUACAUCCUGCCCACGUUGCCUCAGCAGCUCCAGGUGGCUGGUGGGAAAGUGCCAGCCGGGGCGGGGCCCCCCGGGGCCACCAGUAUUCACUUCACUCUGCCCCCAGCCAAUGGAAAAGUCCUCACUGCAUCCCAGGCGAUCCCCAUCAUCCAGCCUGCACCGGGAAGCAGCAAUAACAGCGUCACUGUUGUACCUUCGGCACCCAAAGUUCAGUCUGUGUCUCCAGUACAAGCCCCGUCUCCUGGGAGCUCAGCCCACCUCAUGCCCGGGCAGGUGGUCCCCCCUACAGGCCUCCAGGUGCAAGGCAAGGUCCUGGUGCCCAUGGCAGCCCCUCAGAUGACAGUGCGCACCACCACGGCUGCCCAGCUGCCUCUGGUGACUCCAUCCUUCCCUAUGCCGGUGCAGAAUGGGAGCCAGCCAGCGAGUAAGAUCAUCCAGCUCACGCCGGUGCCAGUGGUCCAGCCCCAGCCCUCUUCGCAAAGCAAUGCCACGCUGAUGCCCCCGCUCAGCCCGGCUGCUCUCCAGGGCACGGUAGCCACAGCGGUUGUGGGCUCUCCCAGCCAAGCCCAGAAAGUCCUGUUGCCCUCCUCCACCAGGAUCACCUACGUGCAGUCAACAGCUGGGCACCCCCUAUCCCUGGGCACCUCGGCCUCCCACACCCAGCCCAGCGCCACCCCAGCCGCACCUGCUACAACCUAUGUCCAGUCCCCAGUGGGCCCUGCCCCCAUGGCGCUGGGUUUUACGGCGAUCGGGCCGAAUGGGCAGGCCAUAGUGCAGCCACUGCUCUCGGGUCAGAGUCCUCUCUUGGCUCCAGGGCAAGUGGGGGUGUCCCCGCUCCAGAGCCCCCAGCUGCCGGCUUCCUGCACCGGACAGGGGCAGGUCAUCACUGCCAUCUAUCCCAACCCCCCAGGGACCAGCCCAGCCCAGCCCGCCACGCACAGCGUGGCCUACACGGUGGCAGCCACAAGCACAGCCAGCGUCUCUUCUCCUACUGCCAUCCUGCCCAAAGGGGGCAACACCCAGAGCUCCGGGAAUCCCAGGCAGAGCCUUGUGUCCUCAGCCACCCAGGUCAUCCCUUCCACACCUGCGCGCCCUCAACGCCCGCCCAUCAAGCCUCUGCAGAAGGUGAAGGCUGCCAUCGCUAGCAUCCCCGUCGGUUCUUACGAGUCGGCCUCUUCGCCAGGUUCGGUCCUCUCCCCUGGGGGCCAGCAGCAGGAGCCUGGAGGAACACGCUACCACCGGGAGGCCGAAGGUGCCGGGGAGCGGGUUGCCCGGGACGCGGGGCCUCAAGAACCACCGCCUUCCCCUGCAUCUCGGGGUGCCGAGCAGAGUCCGGCUGGGCCAGCCAAGCCUCAGGAGCUGAAGCAGGAUUGCUGGGAGCCGGUGUCGCCCCCAUCCCCCCAGCAGCCGCCUGUAACAGAGAUGCCGACUGCCGAAGCCUGGACCCAGCGGGAGACUUCGGUGGGACCUAGUGAGGAGAGGGCGGUGCCUGCCCCACCACUGAGCAGCAAAGGGACUGAGACGGCCCUGAAAUUCCCAGCUUCGCCCGACUGGAGAACAGCGGGCCCAGAGAGUCGCUCCGAGGCUUCGGCCCCACCUGCAGGCCAGUCUUCCCAAAGUCCUGGCCUGUUGAGCUCUGGGGAAAACUCCAGAGUUGGAGCCUCAGCACUCGUGGCAACGACAGCCUCCGCGUCUGAAGAGCCCGAACCAAAGGAGGGUCCCGUGGGGAAGAAAGUGAAAGUCCGACCUCCUCCGCUGAAGAAGACAUUUGACUCUGUUGACAACAGGGUUCUGUCAGAAGUGGAUUUCGAGGAGCGUUUUGCCGAGCUGCCCGAAUUCAAGCCCGAGGAGGUGCUCCCCUCGCCUACUCUGCAGUCCCUCGCCACCUCGCCCCGUGCCAUCUUGGGCAGCUACCGCAAGAAACGCAAGAACUCCACAGACCUCGACUCCUCCACCGAGGACCCCAUCUCCCCAAAGCGGAAGAUGCGCCGUCGCUCCAGCUGCAGUUCGGAGCCCAACACCCCCAAAAGCGCCAAGUGCGAGGGAGACAUCUUUACCUUUGACAAAACAGGCACCGACACAGACGACGUACUCGGAGAGCUGGAGUAUGAGAAGGUGCCCUACUCCUCCCUCCGGCGAACUUUGGACCAGAGGAGAGCUUUGGUCAUGCAGCUCUUUCAAGAUCACGGCUUCUUCCCUUCAGCCCAAGCCACCGCAGCGUUCCAGGCUCGCUACUCCGACAUCUUCCCCACCAAGGUCUGCUUGCAGCUCAAGAUCCGAGAGGUGCGGCAGAAGAUUAUGCAGGCGGCCACCCCGACGGAGCAGGGACCGGGCGCAGCAGAGGCCGGCAGCUCCGCCGGCCAGGGCAGCUCCGCCGAAGGGCCGCCUUCGGAACUGGCUCUGGCACAGGACUCUGCCCCGGGGGCAGAAGCCGCAACCGCCCACCCCACCACGACUGCCGGCUGGGACUGUAACCAGCAGCUUUCCCCCGGGGGCGGCGGCAACAGCGGCAACACCAGCAGCAGAUGAACAGCCGGGGGGCAGCAGCCGAGCAAGAUACAAAACAGCCUUGCGGGGCGGGGGGGGAGGGAGGGGGGACCCUGGAGCUUUGCCCCCCCUCAUCUCUCCUUCCCGCACAUUCUCUUCCCUUGCUAACUUUGCCUUCCCCCGAAAGGGACUGAAAAGGGGAUGUUGGUUACCCUUGUCCUGCGUGAACUCUUCCCAGCCUCCCUCCUCAUUCCUCCCCUGCUGUUUUAGGGGGUGGGGGCUGUGGGCGCCCUCAGGUCCCUCCCACCGAUGGGAGCAGCGGUGCGGAAGAAACAGCAGCCAUUCCAGGGCGUAGGCGGAAGAUGCCAGAUCUCCAAGGGGCGGGGGUGCAGCAGGCCGCGGGCAACAGAUACCUAUAAAGUGACCGGUUCUAGUCCCCCUUCCUCUUUUAACAAUGUUAAAUAUUUCCAGACUAUACCCUCCCACGCAUACUCGUUGCUUCUGUGUCAGUAACUGGGGAGGGAAAAGUCUGCUACAAGGGGUUGGCCGUGCCUCCUUAACGGGAAAUUUGCUUUGGUUGUUCAAAAGGCCAGGUUAAGGAGAGGAGGCAGCGGCAAGAGUAUUGGAAGGUGACUUUUCCCAGGUGGUUAAAAUGGGGAGUUGAGUAGAGUGUUAUCGGUGGGGGGGGGGAGAAGAGAUGUAACCGACUUGCCGCUCAGCCCGACUCCAGCCAGGAACGGAGACGGUCUUUGGGUGCAGGAGACAAUCCGGCUGGAGGGCUGGGCUUGCAAGUGAGGGCCCCCCCCCCCCCCCGAGCGUGAGCGCACUGGUGGCCAUAGCCACAUGUUGACCAUGUGUAACCCCUUCUGUAUCGGGGUGGCCCCACCUCACAUGCUAUUAAAGCUCUUUAACAAUC